AUGGCGGCCACUUGCCUUUUUUUAAGCGGAAAUCGAGCGCUUUGUACGGCCACUGGUUCAGUGUUCUCCAAUUUCAGCUUAGAAGCCCGUAACUCGAACAAAAGAGUUUCAUUUGUGAGCUUUAAUAGAGGUUACGAAUCUAUUUGCAUCAAAAACCCUAGAAAUGCUCUGAAGAUUAGGGCUCAAGCUGAAGAAGCGUCUGUUUCCACUGAAGAGAGGUCACCCGAGACGCUGAAAAGGCUGUACGUUGGCAACAUUCCAAGAGAUGUAAACAAUGCCAAGCUCUCUAAGAUUUUCAGUGAGCAUGGUUCAGUGGAGAAGGCAGAGGUAAUGUAUGAUAAAUACUCAGGAAGAAGUCGCCUGUUAGCUUUUGUGACAAUGAGCACAAUAGAGGAUGCUAAUGCUGCUAUUGAGAAGCUGAAUGGCGUGGAAAUUGGGGGCGGAAGUACGGAGAAACCCCUACAAGUUGUUGAUAAAUCGAAACUCCAAGCCGAGGAGUCCAACUUCGUUGAUAGGCCACACAAAGUCUAUGUAGGAAACCUCGCCAAGACUGUAACUACUGAUAUGCUCAGCAAAUUCUUUUCUGAAAAAGGAAAAGUUCUCAGUGCCAAGGUAAGAAGAGUUCCUGGUACUUCUAAAUCUAGUGGGUUUGGAUUUGUUUCCUUUUCAUUGGAAGAAGACGUAGAGGCUGCCAUAUCAUCAUUCAACAAUGCUCUUUUGGAAGGGCGGCGGAUUCGAGUGACAAAGCCUAAGUCUUGAGCAAAGAUCAGUUUGGACAUGCUUUGGAUCUUGAGAUGAGGUGCUUUUUGUUUUGAAGUAUGAAGGGGUAACCAACCUUCAAAAGAGCUCUCUCUCUCUCCACAGUUCUGUAGCAUAGCUUUUAGAGCAAAGUGUUUUAGCUCUUGAGCAGAAUUUUUCCAGUCACAACGCCACCUAUAUAUAGUUUGUUUAGCCUGUGGCUUUGUUAGGUUAAGCUUUUGGUUUGUUUAGAAGGAUUCUCUCUCUCACACACAUUUCUUCUCUCUCUACACACGGCUAUAGCAGAGUCUUCUAACUGGAUCAUCUCUUUUGGUUAGAGUUAGUCGUAAA